AUGGUCACGCGCUGGCACGAGAGCGCGCAGCGGCCCGGCUUCAAGUUCCUCGUCGUCCAGAUCGUCUGCAACCUCACGGGCGGGCCCCAGCGCUACACCGGCCGGCCCAUGGACGAGGCGCACAAGCACCUGAACAUCAGCGAGGCGGAGUGGGGCGUCUUCAUGGGCCUCUUCAACGAGGUCUGCGGCGAGUUCGGCCUCCCCGCGGAGGACCAGGACGACCUG